GUCUACCACACUCAUGGGAGGAAGUACGAAAUAUGCUUCCUAUAUUUUCACUUCUCUAUAUGUAGCGGAUUGUUAAGCCACAUUAGACAAGUAGUCCAAAGAGACUUUUCCAACGUCUAUGCUCAGUUCCUGGUUGAUCGAAUGCUUCAGUUAAUUUAAUGUAAUUUUUUUUACAAGUUGAGAGUGUUUUGACCGUGUGUAGGCCAUAGAUCACACAGAUCACAUUUGUAGCAGGAGUGCUAUGGAAAAAUGCAGACUGUCUGCCGUUUUGCUGCUGGCACACAUUGGCCUCUCUUCAGUAGUGUUGGAAGCUCAGGUCAGUGUUGAUUCACAUGUGACGGGGCACCUGGGUAAUGAUGUCACACUGCAUUGUAAGUUGCUCCAGGGCAAUCUCACUCAGGCUGAGUGGCAGUGGGAGAAAUCAAAUACUAAAAAGGUUUCCAUAGCUGUCUUUAGCCCUAACUUAGGGCAAAACAUUUCUGGGUCACCCCUAAAAGGGAGGUUGGAGUUCGCUGGAGAUUCCACAGGUGAUUCCUCUAUUACUAUAAAAUAUGUGCAGAUGACUGAUGCAGGGAAAUACACCUGUAUCCUGACAGCCUUCCCCAGCGGCUCAUCUGAGAUAACAACCAUCCUCACUGUACUGAAUCAGACUCUACCUCCAUCAUCUGGCGCGGUUGCUGGGAUUGUUACCGCAGCCCUCCUGGUAACAGUUGUUGUGACAGCCACAGCUUACCUCAUCAUUGUCAGGAAGAGGCACAAGGCUUUAUUCAACCCCUCUGUCAGCAUUGAUGCAAGCAGCCUGGUGGUCAAUGCAGACAGGACAGGAACAGGAAGAGAACAGGACCUGGUUUAUUCUGAGAUCGUCAGAUUCAACAUUGCCAAGAGCAAAGCACAUGACCCAUCUGGAGAAGACCAGAAAGAUGCAGACGUCAAGCCAGCUGAGGAUGUCACCUACUCUGCAGUGGCAGUGGGGAACCAGCAUCCUUCAAGGGAAGACACAGUUUACUCUCAGGUGGUGAAAAAGGACUGGGACAUAGAUGAUGUAUGGACUGUCUAAGCACAAUAACAGAAAAGGGCUAACCAGACAUCCUUUACAUUCACAUUAAUUUAACUGAAGUUAUCUCUUGUUGGGGAAGUGACCUCCUUAUUAGACAAAGCCAUCUGGAUCUUAGAGAAGGGCUAUAUGUGUGAACACUGAAAAAUUACUGCCACCAACAGAAUGCUAUAUAUAUGGGGCAUACAACCAUCUCAGCUCUGUUGAUUUUGUUGCGAAGAGACAGAAUCAGUAGAUCACUUAUUCUGGUCUUGCCCCUAUGUAGCUUGUUUCUAGUCACAGGUUCAUUGUUCAUUGUUAAAAAACCACAACAUGCACUUUGGAAAGCCCUAGUCAGUCAAUAAAUAAUAUAAUAAUACUCGUAGGAAAGGUUUUCAUCUUUAGCUCACAAUCUGUGCAUAAUAUACAAUUAUAAAGGUUAAAAAAUGUUGUCAAACAUCGCAGCACAAUUGAAAAAUACAUGGCAUAUGGAAACCAAACGAGGGUGAUCUAUGGUGAUAGGUGGGAUGGGCUGAGAGUGGCUGAGGGUUGGGUUUAAAGAGUUUAUGUUUGGUAAUGUAUUAUUGUUAUGAGUCUGCUUUAUGUAAAAGUGCCAUGUACAGUUGAAGUCAGAAGUUUACAUACACUUAGGUUGGAGUCAUUAAAACCAGUUUUCCAACCACACCACAAAUUUCUUGUUAACAAACUAUAGUUUUGGCAAGUCGGUUAAGACAUCUACUUCGUGCAUGACACAAGUCAUUUUUCCAACAAUUGUUUACAGACAGAUUAUUUCACUUAUAAUUCACUGUAUCACAAUUCCAGUGGGUCAGAAGUUUAUAUACACUAAGUUGACAGUGCCUUUAAACAACUUGGAAAAUUCCAGAAAAUUAU